GCCCGGCCGGCUGCCUCCCUUCCUUCCCGCCGCCAGGAGGCGCCUUUCAGCCCAGAGGGAGGGGCCUGGGCCCGGGGCUGCCCUCCCCUCGGAGCCAGCGGAGGAAGGGGCCCGGCUGCUGCAACAGAAGCCCAGCGCUCCGGAGCAAGAAGGAGGCGGCUCGGCAGAGGGCCAGCAAGGCAGACUCUCCGCAAGCCGGCCAGCCAGCCAUCCGCCAGGGAGCCCGGGAGCCUUGCCUGGGGGCCAUGCCCCGGAGCCUCCUCUGCCUCCGUCGCUGCCGGUGCCGCUGAAUGGCUGCCCGGAGGAGCAGGGCCGGCGACCCCCUCCGCCUCCUCCGCCUGGCCUUCCUCCUGGCCGCCUGCCUCCCAGGAAUCUGCUGCUUUAGUGACCUCUUUUUUGUGAAGGAGCCCCAGGACGUGACUGUGGCCCGCAAGAACUCAGUGGUGCUGGAGUGCCAGGCCCGGGGGGAAGCCCCCAUCACCGUCACAUGGCUCCGAAAUGGGGCAAAGGUUCUGGAGGACAAGCGGGUCUACACCUUGCCCAACGGCUCCCUCUACAUCAGCGAAGUGGAGAGCAGACGUGGCGGCGGCGAUGGGGAUACGCUGCAGGCGGACGAAGGGUCCUACCAGUGCCUGGCUCUGAACAAAUACGGUGCCAUCCUCAGCCACAAGGCCCACCUCGCCUUGGCCACCAUGUCUUCCUUUGAGCUUCAGCCCCUUCCAGUCGAGGUCUUUGAAGGAGGCGUCGCUCGGUUUUCCUGUAAAAUCUCUGCCAGCCCUCCAGCCAUCAUCACCUGGGAGGUGAACCGGACCACGCUCUCAAUUGCCAUGGACAGGAUAACUGCACUGCCAUCGGGAGUCCUGCAGAUCUACAGUGUCCAACAGAAGGAUGCAGGGAGCUACCGCUGCGUUGCUACAACUGUCGCCAACCGGCGGAAGAGUGCUGAGGCGACGCUCACAGUUCUUCCAGCCUCAAAUGCUAAGCUGUUCCACAAGCCCGCCAUCAUAGCUAGUCCGGAAAACAUCACAGCUUCCCUUCACCAAACAGUCAUCUUUGAAUGUGUUGCCACAGGGAAUCCAAAGCCCAUCAUUUCAUGGAGCCGCUUGGACCACAAGCCCAUUGACGUCUUCAACACCCGUGUGCUGGGCAAUGGGAACCUCAUGAUCUCUGACGUAAAGGUGCUGCAUGCUGGUGUCUAUAUCUGCCGCGCCACCAUUCCAGGCACCCGCAACUUCACCACUGCCCAUGCCACCCUGGCCGUCCUGGCUCCCCCUGCGUUUGUGGAGUGGCCAGAAAGCUUGACCAGGCCCCGAGCUGGAACGGCCCGCUUGGCCUGCCAGGCAGAAGGCAUCCCGACUCCCAAGGUGUCCUGGCUGAAGAACGGACGGAAGAUCCACUCCAACGGCAGGAUUAAGAUGUACAACAGCAAACUGGUGAUCAACCAGAUCAUCCCGGAGGAUGAUGCCAUCUACCAGUGUCUGGCCGAGAACAGCCAGGGCUCAAUCCUCUCCAGGGCCCGCCUGACGGUCGUGCUCUCCGAAGACCGGCCCAGCGCCCCCUGCAAUGUCCACGCUGAAACUAUGUCCAGUUCGGCCAUCCUGCUGGCCUGGGAGCGGCCACUCUACAACUCAGACAAAGUCAUCGCCUACUCUAUCCAUUACAUGAAAGCAGAAGGUUUAAAUAACGAAGAAUAUCAAGUUGUCAUUGGAAACGACACAACACAUUAUAUUAUUGACGACCUGGAUCCUGCCAGCAACUACACCUUCUACAUCGUGGCCUACAUGCCCCUGGGGGCUAGUCAGAUGUCAGACCAUGUGACGCAGCACACCCUGGAAGAUGUCCCCCUGAGGGCUCCCGAGAUCAGCCUGACUAGCCGCAGCCCCACGGACAUCCUGGUCUCCUGGCUGCCCAUCCCGGCCAAGUUCCGGCGCGGGGAGGUGGUUGCCUUCCGGCUCUCCUUCCAGCUCAGCACCGAGGCGGCUGUCCAAAUGCUGGAGCUGCCUGGCACCAGCUACGAGCAUCUCCUGGGAGGCCUCCAGCCAGACAGCAUUUACCUGGUGCGUGUUUCAGCCGCCACUCGGGUCGGCUGGGGAGAGGCCUCCCUCUGGACUUCCCACCAGACGCCCAAAGCCACUGGCAUCAGAGUGCCAAAGUCUCCUGAGUUGCUUCUGGAGCCCAUCAACUGCACCACAAUCACAGUGCGGUGGAUGCAAGACGCGGAGGAUGGGGCGGCCAUCCAGGGCUACAAGCUGUACUACAAGGAGGAGGGCCAGCAAGAGAAUGGGCCUGUCCUGCUGGAAGCCUCCGACCGGACACACACAGUCAGUGGCCUGGAUCCCCGAAGGAAGUACCACGUGCGCCUGCUGGCCUACAACAACAUGGAGGAAGGAUACCAGGCGGAUCAGACCGUCAGCACCCCGGGAUGCGUCUCCGUCCGGGACCGCAUGGUGCCCCCGCCGCCCCCUCCUCACCACCUCUAUGCCAAGGCCAACUCAUCCUCUUCCAUCUACCUGCACUGGGGGAGGCCCGCCUUCACAUCAGCCCAAGUCGUCAACUACACCCUCCGCUGCAACCCGGUGGGCUUGCAGAACGCCUCCCUGGUCCUCUACCUCCAGACGUCCGAAACUCACCUGUUGGUCCAGGGACUGGAGCCAAGCACCAAGUAUGAGUUUGCUGUCCGGCUGCAUGUGGACCAGCUGUCCAGCCCAUGGAGCCCCGUGGUUUUUCAGGCCACGCUGCCGGAAGCACCCUCAGGUCCCCCGCUGGGGGUGAAGGUGACACUGAUAGAGGAGGACACGGCCCUGGUGUCCUGGAAGCCUCCCAGUGGGAUUGGGACCGCCGUCUCGCGCUACACCAUCCUCUAUGCCUCCCGGAAGGCUUGGGUUGCUGGCGAGUGGCAAGUCCUCCACAGGGAAGGUACGAUCACAAUGGCUCUGCUGGAGAACCUCUUGGCUGGGAAUGUCUACCUGGUUAAAAUCGCGGCCUCCAAUGAAGUCGGGGUGGGUCCCUUCUCCAGCACGGUGGAACUGGCUGUCCUGCCGAGAGAAGUGCCUGAGUCAAACCAGAGGCCAAAGCGGUUGGACUCUGCCGAUGCUGCUGACACAGCUUAUUCUGGAUACUACCAGCUGGAUCAGAAGUCGAUGACGGGCAUCAUUGCCGGUGUCUCCAUUGCCCUGGCCUGCAUCAUGAUUUGCAUCCUCAUCCUCAUCUAUCGCAGCAAAGCCAGGAAAACCUCUCCUCCCAAAAGCAUCCCGGAAAGCCCCGACCAGCUCUCCUCCACCAGUGCCUCUUCCGCAGGAGCCCAUGAGGCGGGCAAGAAUGCCCAUGACUUGGCCGAGAACAUGGAGUCGCUUCUGCCGAGGAGCAGCUUCCUUGACACCAAGGGUGGAACUGAUCUGAUCAUCAACAGUUUUGGCCCCAUUGCAAAGAACAGCUCAAAGAAGAAAUGGCUCUUUUUCCAAGACCCAAGGAAAGCCAAGGCCACGGAGACCCAGAGCCGGUGUGCCGAAGCAGUGUGUUUGCACCAACCGGACACUACUGCUAUUCUCAGCCCCAAAGACAGGGCCCUGGUGCAGACCCAGCAGGAACAGGGAGCCGCGUAUGCCGUGGUUGCCGACACAGAGCAUUCAGCCAACAGCGAAGGGAGCCAUGAAACAGGUGACUCUGGCAGGUUCUCUCAAGAGUCCAAUGAAGAACCGCAUCUCUCUGACGCGUCUGCAGCCGCCAUGGAGGCAAUGCCACCACCAUCACCACACUCCGCUUUGUUUUCCCGGCACAAUGUCUGCGUGACCCCUGGGUGCCCAAGGGCUCCCAAAGAACCACCUGACCUCAUUCACCCUCCGCCUCUCUAGCCGUUCUCAGCGGAACAGCAGCACUGAGUUGCUGGCCGGAUGACCAACCGACUGUCUGACCGCCGUUUUUAUCUGUUCAAAGGACAAUGAACAGUGAGCCAAAGCUUUAAGUGGGAGCCCUGGGAGGGCGGCAGGUGACCCCCACGAUUUCUGUCCAUGGUUUGUUUUGUUUGUGUGUGUGUUUUUAAUGUGUUAAAACUCACUCAUCUUGAAUGUUCAGUGCGCAACAAUGUGAAAGGAGGGAGAGAGGACAGAUUUCUGAGUAGAGUUGAAAAGGGAGGAGUAUUUAUCUAUCUAUUGAUACCGUAUCACUGGAGCGAAGGGCCACAGGGCCCUUGGCUUGGAUAUCUACCUCAGUUUGCCGGGUGGCGGACUCGGAAGAGCAAGAGCACCGCUUCCGAGGUUGUUGUCAUUUGUUUUUUGUGUGAAGAGUUGGUCUCAACUACAUACCUGAUGAUAACUUCCUAGUAGCUCCCCCCUCCCCUAUUUUUUUAAAACUUCCCUCUGUUUUAUAUGUAGUGUGUGUGGAUGUGAGAGUGUGCAUGUGAUUCAAAGGAGUUGUGUAGGGAGGCGGGCAAGGUGGCUGUUCAGCUCUCUGGCUUUGUAGGAGGAGGAACUCAGGAGAAGGUGCCUCUGUGCAUUCUAUACACAUGCACACCGGAGCGGACACCAGAGAGCAACCUGGAGGAAGGAGCCAGCGUUCAUUUGCCACAGACCCCCCCCACCCCCCAAAAAGGGGGACAGGCACAGAGGUUGCCUGGGGAGUGGGCUCCCAGCUGGGUCUGAACAUGCUGGGGGCAUUUGGGCUGGAAGGCUGUCUGCCUGGGGGCCCUCCCUGGGUGGGCUUCGUUUCAGGCCCUUUGGGGCUGAGGGACCCCACCUCUCCCUGCCUUGUGACCCCCAACCUGCCUCGGACAGUGCCUUCUGCUUCAGCCUCUGAUCCCCCAAAUCCAUUUUCUAUGCUGAUUCCCUGGGGGGCAGCAAAGCCCUCCCCUUGAUGGCUCCCCUAAUUUGGCCAGACCUGACAGGUAGUUCUGAAUAUGGAGUGCCUUGUUGCACCUCAUAGCAACUGUGCCUUCCGCAAUAUUUGCCUAUGUCUGUUUAUUGAGGCACCUCUGUCUGUGUGUGUAUAUACUAUACCUAUAUAUCUAUAUCUGUCUAUCAGGAAACCACUCUUUUGUCUUAUGCUUUUUGUUAGUCUUCAUGGAAGUUGCUUUUGGGAGUCCAGAAAGAUGCCUUAAACGUGCUCUGCAGGUUGUGGGGAAGUGGGACAGGAGAGUGGCAGGGUCUACACAGACCCCCACCCCAUCCCUGAAUCCCAGGUCUUUAGCCCACAGGUGGGCUUCUGAGCCAUAAAGCCUUCCCUCCCCAGUUCUCUCCCCUGGGUUCAAAUCACCCAAAUCCUCCAACCCAGCACCGCCUGGCUCCUGCCGGGAGAAAAGGCCCAAGAGGGAGCUGAGCAGCGACCAGAAGGGGCCCCGCCUGGGACCCACACAACUCCUGUUUAUACUACCUCCUUUUAAAAGUUAUUCUAGUAUUAUUGUUUUCCUGUACUCAGGGCGCAGUUUGUUACUUUUUAAAAGCUGUCUUGCAGCAAUGCAAGGCAAACUGACAGGGUAUCAUGUAUAAUUUUGUUUUUGCGUGUGCGUGUGUGUGCAAGAGAGAGUCAUUGACUGAUCGGGCGACUUGAGAGCGAGAGCACCAGAUUCACCAAAGCUAGAAGCCAGUCCCUACCAAUCUCUCCUAUUUGCCCCUUCCCAUGGCACCCAUUAGUAAUUUCAUUUCCCCAAACCAUCAAACUAGAAAUGCAGCUUUUUUCAGGGGAACCUCUCCAGCUGGGCUGCACAUUCCCUUGUGCCAUGUUAAGGGGGCAAUCAAGACAAAUUAAUUUUGGGUGGCAGUACAUCUCUCUGUCCCAUCGUCUGUCCCCGCCCCCCCCCCCCUUUGGCUUUGGUGAUCUGGCUCUUCCCUCUGUAGAUGUUUAGGCUGUCUUUGUUGGCUAGCUAGUGCUGGACGGCCAGGACAUUUGCAUUGUUUUCCUGAUUCAAGGCUUUAAAGAUGAUAAUAACCUUGUACCAAAGAAUGUUCUGUAGAGAAGGAAAAGGAAAGCUGCAUAUUUUCCAAAAGAAAUUGAGCUAGUUAAAAAAGAAUACAUUUUAUUGCCUAAGUACAGUAGUUACUAACCAGAAGAGAAGAGAUCCAGGCAGUAGGGCCUUGAUGGAUGCUAGUGGUUAGUUGCCAAGAUUAGUUCCACAAUAUUAACUACCUUAAUGCUCAAAGAACCUUUAAAGAGAGAUCCUUCCUGCACAGAGUUCUCCAAAGAUGGAAUUCCUAGUGGAGUUUUGCAUUCCUUUUCUUCAGCAACUCACUUCCCCAGCAGUCCAGCUUAGAUACAAUAUUUUGAAAAUGUGUUUUUUAUAUAUAUUAUAUCUAUAUCUAUAUAUAUCUCUAUGUAUGUACUUGCUGAAGAAAAAGAAACUCCUCUCACCAAAGAUGUAUUUUGUCGCCUCACUGGACAAAGCUGCUGUUGUUGCGUCACGGCAGAGAACCGGCUGUGGACGCUCCAGGCCACAGGGCGAAGGGGGUCGCCACGGACAUUGUGCCAAGGAGACCCCCAUGGUGCUUCCCUUUCCCUUGCCUCGACUGUGCCCGCCUGGGCUCUUAGCAAUACAUGCCGAGGGCCGAUAUGCCAAGGUAACCAUUCUUCUCCUCCAAAGACUUGUUUGCUGUGAAGUUGACGCUUUUUAAGCCUCCUUGCUUCCCUUUCCAUUGAUGCCAGCCCCACUCCUCCUUGAGGUUUCCAUGCCAAAGACCAGAUAAGCUCUGCAGGCUCAUUCUGGGACAAAGUUGAAGGAGGAGGAAGAAGAGCAGGCGGAGGGUGAGGGGCUCCUCUUCCCACGGCUGGUGGCUAAAGGAGGACAAGGGACCUGAAUGGGGUCUCCAUCCCCCAAAGAGCUUUGCCAAGGCUAAAAGGAACCUCCCCUCUUGAGGGUCCAUCCCUUGGACUCCUCCGACUAAACAAAAGAGAGGCCAUCUUCCCUCACUUGGGUGCCUUUGCCGCUUCGGUCACCUGAGAGACCCUUGAGUCAGAUCAAGAGGGGCUUGGCUGCCCACCAGGAAAGAAAUAGCAUUUUUAUUUUGUCAAGGAUUCCUUAGCAGCAAAUAAAGAAAACCAAAGAUAUUUAAGGUUACCUCUGCAGAGAGGCCCAAAGCCUAGGUAGCUCUCCUUGCUUUGCUUUGUUAUUUGAGUUCACCUUCUGUCCUCAGCUGUCUCUCCAGCCCAUGCCAAGAGAGGCACUUGGCAGUGCCCUGGCUUACUCUCUUCCUUUGGGCAUGGUCCUCCCUGGGGUAAGUAUGGUUUCUUCUGCCUCCUCUUGUGGGCAGCUCCAUUCUCUGAGCUUUGCCACAACAAGGACCCACUAACCAGACUGCCCACCUCCCACGCCGUGGCAUCUUUGCCCGCAGGCGUUCCAGGUGCUGAGGAGGGGCAGAGGCCCCCUUUGCCUCACGCCCAUUCCCAUCUCAAAGUGUCUUAGAGGCGAGGCACAGGGUCAGAGGAUGCUCUCUAGUGGGAGGCCAGCCAGAAGGCCAGGGCUUGUGCAAGGCUUUUUCUCUCUAUGUGUGUCCAUGUGCGAACGCACAACCUGCAGGUCUUUUAAGGAACCUGGUCUGACCCAGAAAAGUCUCUUUAGCCAGUUAGAAGGACAGAUGCCGCUUCUGUACAUGCAUGUCAUUCCUGGCAAAUUUAGCCAUUUCUCCUUGAUAAAACUCAGCAGAAUAGAUUCUUUUUUACUUAUUCUACCACUUAAUUACAGUUUGGAAAAGUUACUUUUUUUGGACAGCAACUCCAGGAAUUACCCAAGUGGACCAAGUUCUCCAUUAAAUUUACUAAGUUCUCCAUAAUAUCACCCCCAAUUCUCCCUAGAGGUUCCUAAUGGUCUUUGCCGCUGGAGGUCCAUUCAGUUGGGAGACAUGAGCUCUGGAGCGGCCUUGCAGAAGGGGAAAGUGCUCCUGCCCCUGCCUUGGCUUUGUCUGGCAUUACAUUUAGAGCUACCUUGGAUGCUACUCUGGGAGAAAAAGACCAAGGAAAAACCCAAUGCAUGUUGGUAAACAAAGGAAACCUGCUUGCUGCUGGGCCAUUCUGAGCCUGUCCUCCAGGACUGGGGCAAACGCUAGUCCUUGGGGCCGGGUGGUUUGGGGCAUCUGAACUGUCACAGGAGAGGCUUUGCUUGGUGCCAGUGAUUCCCCUGAGUGGUUCUUUUCAGCUUUUAUCCCAGGUCUGCCUACAGCUGGUUUUAAUUUCUUUAAAACACCAGCAGUGUUGAAGCUUUGUGGACUUUUGCAUCAGGGGGACCAAGGCAUAGAAAGGUGACACAUUUGGGUUCCUUAGAGGAGAGCCAGAGAGGCCUUUCAGGGCUUAGACCAGGCAACACAUUUUUCUUUCCAAUCUGCUGACUAAACCGAACCCAGGGCAGAAAUCGGCCCAUGUGGCAUUCCCAACUUUUGCUAUUGUGCAUGCCCAUGCAGACAUACACCUCUGCGUGGUGCAUUUCGUGGAUGGCCUUGUUCAUGAAUCCAGGCUUCUUUUUAAAGCCCAUUUCUUAUUCCUCCCUCCCCUCCCUGAUUUUCUGUUGUGUUUUAUGAAAUGUGAAUGAAUAGCAAGUGUGGGAGCCCAGCUGGAUUUCUUGAUGCGACGCAACGCAAUGUGGCGCAACGUGAGGGUGUUCUGGGCCCUGUCACUCCUUCUGCCGUUUUCUCACAAGGGCCGCAACGACUGUCUGGUGAAUGGAGGACGGAGCUGAAUUACAUUAAUUUUAAAUUUGACUCAGGGGAUCAGCUCCGUGGUUCCAUUGCAUGAGGGCAGCCGGUGUGUCUCUGGAUAAUGAAUGUACUUUUUACAAUGUGCUUUUU